CGAAUCGCCACUCAGUUUCAGCUAAUUCUUUGAACCGCGAAGAUGUUGGCGAUACUUGUGUCCGCGUUAAUCGCCGUUCUCGUAACCUGGGUCGUGACCACAACCGCUCGUCACCUACUCCUGGUCCGGAAGCUGCAGAGAUUGCUGCCAAAAUUUGGCACCGUUCCGUCGGUUCCCGUGCUGGGCAAUACCUUUCUGUACCGGAAGGAUCCGACCCCUCCGGGAAUCUUCGCCACCUUCUUCGGCUUCCAUCGACGCUACGGGGACGAUCUGAUCACGCAAAGUUUGUUCAACCAGCCGGUGCUCCAGGUCACCAGUGCACCGGUGGUGGAGCAGGUCUUGAACGCGAAAACCGUCAAGAAAUCGAUUAUCUACGAGUUUAUGAAGCCGUGGCUCAACGAGGGACUGAUAACGGCGCUUGGGAAGAAGUGGGCCCAGAGACGGAGAAUCAUUACGCCUGCGUUUCACUUUAAGAUUUUGGAGGAGUUUCUCGACAUCUUUAAUCGCCGGUCGGAGGACUUUGUGGGGAAACUGCGCACCCGGGUGGGCAAAGGAGACUUUAACAUCUACGAGGACGUGACGCUGUGCACGCUGGACAUAAUUUCCGAGUCCGCAAUGGGGGUCAAGAUUAACGCGCAGGAUAAUCCCGACUCACCGUACGUGAAAGCGGUCAAGGAAAUGUCCAACAUAAUCUUCCGAAGGCUGUUCAGCAUGAUGCGAGAGUACAAAAUCUUCUUCCACCUGCAAAAGGCUGCCCAGCGUCAGAAGGCGGCAUUGGCAGUCCUGCACAGCUUUACCGAUUCCGUGAUCGUUACCCGGAAGACCCAGCUCGAGAGUGAGCAAGCCCGCGAGGCAACUCAGCAAAAGCUGGAGGAAACCGACAUCUACGGCAAGCGUAAGAUGACGCUACUCGAACUGCUGCUCAACGUUUCCGUCGACGGUCACCCGCUGAGCAAUGCCGACAUCCGCGAGGAGGUCGACACGUUCAUGUUUGCCGGCCACGACACGACCACGUCCUGCAUCAGCUUCGCAGCGUACCACAUCGCCCGAAAUCCCGCAGUCCAGCAGAAACUGUACGACGAGAUGGUCCAGGUGCUAGGACCGGACUUUAAAAACACUCAGCUGACCUACAGCAACCUACAGGAACUCAAAUAUCUCGAAAUGACCAUCAAAGAAGUGCUCCGCAUCCAUCCCUCCGUGCCGGUUAUCGGUCGCAAAUCCGCCCACGAUAUGAUCAUCGAUGGCAGCAAAGUCCCGCCGGGAAUCGACGUGGCCAUUCUUAUCUACGGCAUGCACAACAAUCCUGCCGUGUUUCCCGAGCCGACCCGCUUCGAUCCCGAGCGGUUCAACGAGGAAAACAGCAGCAAACGACACCCGUACGCGUACGUUCCGUUCAGUGCCGGAGCUCGGAACUGUAUCGGUCAGAAGUACGCCCUGCUGGAGAUUAAGGCCACACUGGUUAAGCUGCUGGGUCACUAUCGGCUGGGGGCGUGCGAUCCGGCCAAUACGGUGCGCAUCAAAACCGACAUGACGCUGCGACCGGUCAACGGGACCUUUGUGAAGAUUGUUGAGCGAUGAAGAUGUGCUUUUGAAAAAAAUGCAAAUAAAUGAAUAAAAUUUGUUAGGCGGACUUGCAUACAAUUUUCAUUAUUUCUU